AUGUCCUUUGGCCAGCUGAAAUUCAAGGAGCUGGGUGAGGAGGAGCCCACCUGGGAAGAGGAGAGCCUGGACAGCGUGAAGGCGCUGACGGCCAAGCUGAAGCUGCAGACACGGAGACCUUCCUACCUGGAGUGGGAAGCCUGGGUACGGGGGCAGCCCUGGCACAGCCGGACCCCUGGGGGGGCACGGGGGGUAGAGUCGGCCCCUGGGCACCCCGAGGACAAGUGGGAUGGUGGCAUCUGUGGCUUUGCCACCAUGGAGGCAGCUCUGGAGUGGCUCAGGACGGAGCUGCGGGAGAUGCAGGCUGCAGACCAGCACCUGGCGCAGCAGCUGAUGCGCCUGCGGGCGCAGCUGCACCGGCUGAAGGUGGAGCAGGCCUGCCACCAGCACAAGGAGAUGCUGGACGACGCUACCUUCGGCCUUGAGGGCUGCGAAGAAGACUCGGACCUGCUCUGCAACAUCCCGCCGAAGGCCGCCUUCCUCCUCUCCAUGCCGCUCAAGCACAUCGGAGUCACCCGCAUGAACAUCAACUCUCGACGGUUCUCCCUCUGCUAA